GUGCCGAAGAGUAUCCAAUUACAAGUAGUGCGCUCCAUGUGCGUUAUAAAAACACCAACGCGAUGUCACAAAUUUGCAUUUCAAAGCCGACCAACACCCACGCCAGCUGCAUCCAAACACGCACUCCGCUCGAGGAUUGGGACACUGGACACAGGAGCCAGCAGCCAGGACACACACUCGCACACCGUUAUGAGGCCACCGCAAAAAUCCGGGAAAGGCAAUGGCCCACAUGCCAACAGUUCAUUAAUGAUCUAUGCAUUAAUGUGGCUCUCGUUGGCCAUGACAAUGGAGGCCCUGGAUGCCCCACUGCCUCUAUCCCUGCCGGAAUACGCGCCUGCGCUGGAACAGGGCAAACAUCGUUACCAGGAAGCGGGUGUGGAAUCGUUGCCGGGAUUAACAGGAUAUACGCGAAAUUAUUAUGGCCCCCGAAGGAACAAUGCUCACAAGCUCCUGGCCACCACCCACCACCACCAUCAUAGUCGACAUCCUGCCGCCUCAUCCCUGGGCACCACGGCCAAUGGCUUUGCGCCCUUCUACUACAACAGCAAACUGCAUUCGCACUCGCACCCAAUUCACGGGGAUGAGGAGCCGCGUCGCGACCCAUCGGCCAAUAUCGAUUUUGUCAUUAAUACGGCAAAUUAUGAGCCAAAUUCCGCUGGCUAUGAGGAGGAGCCACAUCAUAGGGAGCCCCAUCACUACGAAAGCUAUGCAUAUAGGCCGCGGGGCUUUCCCACGUCGCCCCCCAGUCAUUACCAUUUCGAACAAAUUUCCAAUUAUCGGGAAAAUAGGGAAACCGGCAGACAGCAGGAGGAACAGCAGGACGAUAGUUCCAGUGUCUAUGCGCGGCUCAAAGGGCUCCAAACACUGGCUAACCCAGUGAAGCGUCAGCAGGAGGCCUCCUUAUCGAGCCACCAUCAAAACCAGGAGCUGUCGGGCAGACACCAUGGGCAACACCAGCAGCAACAUCAACAGCAGACAUACCAGCAGCAACACUGCAACACCCAGCAACAUCAGCCAGAGAAGCAUCAACAUCUGCCUCAAACUCUCCAGGAUCACAGACAGCACCAGCGCCUGGGAGUUGCCCAGGAUCAGCAGCUGUUGUACUCCCACAGGGAUGGCCAAGUGGCAGAUCUGCCGGCCAUAACCACCAGUGUUCGCCAUUCCGCAGAGAGCAGUAAGGCCGUGGCUGGAUUGCCGCUGGCCAAGCACAUCGAGAUCACCAAGAAUGUGCCCUUCCCCCACUACCAGAAGCAGCAUGUUCCCUACAAGCAGACCGUCCAGGUGCAAGUGCCCCGCACCGUGAUCGCAGCCAUACCCAAACCGAUGCCCAUCAAGAUACCCGUGGCCAAUACGGUGGCAGUGCCUCAGAUGCAGGAGGUGAAGAUUCCCAUCGAGCGGGUGAAGCCCGUGCCCGUGGAGCGACAUCCCUUUGUGGUGGAGCGCAGGGUUCCCUACCGAGUGGAGAAGCCGGUGGUCCAGCCAGUCUACUAUCCGUAUCCGGUCAAAGUGCCAGUGGUGCGCACGGUGGUGCACAAGCAGCGACCCCACUACGUGGCACCUGGUUGGAGUGCCUCCGACAAUCAUUUGCUGGGCUGAAAGUUCACCAGCUCC